CUCUACGUGAUUCUCUUUGUUUUGACUGAGAACAAAAGUAGCAUCUGAACUUAAACAGUGAUUGUGUGAGGAAAAAAAUCUCCCGACCAUGAAGAACGGAGGACACGGAACUCACGCUGGAGAAAAGAAGAGCCUUAGAUAGAUGCUAGUCAAACGACAAUCUCAUGUCUUCGUGUUUUAUUGUGUGUCACGCCUGAUUUAAGCGCGCACGCGUGUGUGUGUGUGUGUGUGUGUGAGAGAGAGAGCUAGGGAGACGCGACUUUCACGGAUCUGCACGUGUCUGCAGUGACAGAAGACGGUUUCUUCAGAACAUCAUGAGACUGUGAGCUCAGUGUGGAAUCAGCCAUGGCAGAAACUGACAUCGACAAAUCUCACCUGCCCGCGGUUUAUGAUGUGUGCCAAUGUUUCUCUGUGUUAGAGGACGGCGCAUUGGCUUACAGUCUUCAAGAGCAGGAAAUUGAGCAGUUCUACAGCACCAACAUCCAGAAGGACCAGGCAUUGCAGAACGAUGUUCGCUUGGCCCGGAGGCUGCAGGAGGAAGAGGAACAGCGACUGAAUCUCCGCCAGGACCUGAGGCAGCUGGAGGAGGAGGACUGCAGAUAUGCACAGAUGAUCCAGGAGGAUCUCCAGAGGUGUGCGGAGGAGACCAGGAGGAGAGAGAAAGAGGAUGAGAAAAUCGCUAAACAGCUACAGGAAGAAGAAGAAAUGGAGAUGAGACGGCAGAGGACUGUCACCGGUUACAAUAACAAUGAUUGUGUUUCUGCACUCUUUGAUGACUUGGGAAUCUGGGAGCAGGUGCUUCAGGAUGCUGAGCUGGCCCGUAGACUUCAGGAGGAAGAGGAUAUACUGCCUCACAGAGAGCAGUUUCCUCAGAGCUCUGGAUCAGAGCUCGACUUCAUUGCAGCACAAGUAGCCCAAGAUGAGGAGAUUGCCCACUACAUACAGCACCAUCAGAGACGAGUCAGAAACAGACCACAAGACCUAGAGAUCCAGACCAGACCCCCUGAAGCAAGGGAUGAAGGAAACAGCACAACCAGGAAGGCUCAUCAGAUGUUGCAAGAGAGGCUGAACUCAGACGGACUGCAUUCACCUGUGGAAGAGGAAGACUACACCACUGAGAACAAUCUUGCAAGCCUAUCAUGCACUACACUUCGAAACCAACAAAUACACAAUAUUGCAGAGGAACUGGACCCAACGUUCAAGGCUAGGAAGCGUGAAAACCUGAUUUCCACCAGCCCCCCGUCAGCAGGUCUAUGUUUGGCCCCUCGUAACCCGCACAGUAUCUUUUAUGACUAUCUACCAGAACCCCCCUUCACACCACCAACUAAACGGCAGAGUGACAAAGCAAGACGUCACAAAGCCAAGGACAAGAAAGAGAACUGUAAGCAACAGUGAACAUGUGACUAACUGAGGGUUGACUUUUGAGUGUCUAAACAAGUAUUGUUUAAUCCAGCUGAACGUGAUGACACCAAGGGAGAUGCACAUAAUUAAAGAUGAACACUAAAAUACAUUUUUGAGUCAAAAUAUCUUCAUUAUAUAGUGAUCAAAAACCUGUUUUUGCGAAUGUUUCCAGUGACAGGCGUGUACAACAUGGUCAUUUUUCAUUUCUCAUAACAAACACUAGGGGAUGAUGUAUUUUUGUAGGUCAAAGUUCAGAAAUGAGUUCGAAUUUUAGCAUGUAUGGUUCCAUCACGGUUUCUGUAUUAAAGAUUUUUUUAACCUCCAGGUAUUUGUUUAGUCAUUUAAUGUACAUGUGGAAUAACAUCUUUAACUAAAAUGUAAAAAAUAAAUAAAUAACAAAAAUUAGUUCAUUGAAGAAAAAAACACCAUAGAUCUUGUGUUUUGUAUAAAAUAUAUGUUUGUUUUUUAAUGCCAUAUUUCUGCUAUCUUUGUGUUGUGACACGCAAUCACCUUAUUUCAGCAUUUUCCAAGUGCAUAUUUGUUUUGGAAAUGCGUGUUCCUCAUUUUAGGUUCUUUAAAAAGAACAGCAAAUCAGUUUUUACUGAUGUUAUUGGGAAGCAUUCAUCUGAAGGUCAGAAAAGAGCCUGAGAAGGCUUUUACCAGAAUGUGAAGAUUCAGGGUUUUUGCAGUUGGAAAUUCGGUGGAUUUGAAUUAACGCUAUGCAGGGGAAUUCUGAUGGUGUUGAAAUAAAAUAUCAUUCACUGUCAUAUCCUGACAGCCCACAGAAUUUCACUGUAACCUUUAGUGCAUGUGUAGCAUGGUGAUGACAUCAGCCCCAUGAACGCCUCUCUUUUCAGAAAGGCUUAAGAGCAACAGAAUUCAUACAGAGUUUGGAGGUCUCAUAUUAGAGGAUUUAUUUUGUGUGUGUGUGUGUGUGUGUGUGUUAAAGUCUUACGUGUUUUCAUAAUAAAAGUCACCAGAGCACAUUUUGAGCAUGAAUGCCUCUUUUCUUAAAUAACAAAAGGCAGCUGAACGUAUGAAGGUUGUAGGUCUCAUGUAUGAAGAUUUUUUUUUCUGUCUUUUGUAAUGUGUAUUAACAUCUUAUAGGCCUGUGUUUUCAUAAUAAAAGUCAUCGAGGCA